AUGGCCGCCAAGGAUUCAAAGUUCGAUGGCUGUUUCAUGUCAGAGGCCAACGGUCCAGGCCAAGCGCAUGCUUACGAUUGGCGGAAACUAAGAAUCUUUCCCAAUCUACCCCAAUCUGAUCAUGAACAGUCUGCUCUACAGUCUUGCUCAAAAGUGAAGGGAAUUGAGUCCGAACCCGGGCGUACCGGUAAGGAAACGGAGACUACCCUUGGGCCAGUGCUUGAGGACGACUAUAUUCAACAAUGGCAGAAUGGCACCAAGGCUCACGACAUGGACGCCUUAUCCCCGGGCGAGGUGGCGAAAUGUCUACGUGAGAUAAUGGGAGAAGCCAAUAGUACCGCGUGGCGAAUUCAGUGCUCGGCAUCAAUUGCUGCACGCUACGACUCACUACAGGUCACAACGGAGCACGAUGGACGGAUCCAGUACCUAUUCGCUUUAGAUCUGUACCAGACUAUUCCGGUCCUGCCAACUCUGUUGGGGUCUAUAAUUCAGACCAUUCGUUUCCUUGGCCCAAAACGGUGCGCUGUCUCUUUCGUCGAAGGCAGGUCUACAGAUGGCACAUACCAAGUUUUGGCGGCUCUACGGGACGAAGUGGAACGGUUGGGCGCUGUGUUCUACAUGUCCACCAGCGACGUCAGCCCGCAAGACGGAAAGCAGGAUCGAUUCGAAGGCCUAGCAUUUCUGAGGAACUUGGCGUUGGCGCCAUUGGUCAUGGAGAAAGCGAAAUUUUCGCCCGACGCGCAGGUCAUUUUCCUCAACGACGUCUACUUGUGUCCCCACGACAUUCUGGAACUGCUGUACCAGCAGAAGAUGCAACAUGCGACCAUGACAUGCGGUAUGGAUUGGUCGCACGGCGGUGCCAUCUUCUACGACAUCUACGUUGCGCGGUCAAUAGUCGGCGAAACCUUCUGGCAGAUCGCACAGGAUGGCGGAUGGCAAUUUUCCGACAACCUCUUCUGGGCCGACCGACAGACGCGUGCCCAGUAUCUUCAACGCCAGCCUUUCCAGGUGUACGCAUGCUGGAACGGCGGAGCAGUCAUAUCCGCUCGACCCAUAAUGGAGCGCCGGAUUCGGUUCCGCCGAAACGUCGAGGCGGAAUGCUACAUGGGCGAACCGACGUUGUUUGCCAAGGACUUGUGGAGGCUUGGUCUGGGUCGGAUCCAAGUCGUCCCUACGGUCAACGUCGGCUACGACAAUCGAACCAAAGAGGCCAAAGAUCUGCACGGUCGCGUCGAAGACCCUCUCAACAUGACUAGCGGAGAUUUGCAGACUGAGCUUGUUCAAUGGCAGGAGUCGCCGCCAAGUUUGGUCAAAUGCAUGGCGCAGUUCCAUGAGCCUUACUGGGUUCCAUCCACCUGA